CUGCACCGUUCACAACAACAAAAAUAAUUGAAAUAAUAAAAACUAAUUAAAAACGAGUGAGAAUGAGGAAAGUCUCUCUUGAAAACUAGGAACCGCCUCAUCCUCUCUAUCUCAUGUCCUGUCUCUGCAAUUCUCAUGGACUCCAAGCCCCAACCUUCAGCUAAUGGUCCUCCCCCAAAGCCGUGGGAAAGAGCAGGCUCCUCAUCUGGUCCUGCACCUUUUAAACCCUCAUCAGCUGGUAGCACAAGUGAUGUAGUGGAGGCUUCAGGAACUGCUAGACCUGGAGAAAUAGUAUCAAGUGCUGAUAAAAGUGCCCCUAAUAACAGAAAUACUCUUGGUAGGCCUGUUCCCUCUAGGCCUUGGGAGCAGAACUAUGGAAGUAGCAACACUUAUGGAGUAAACUCAGGUUAUGGCUCUGGAAUGUCUGGAAUGACCGGAAUGUCUGGAACAUAUGGUUCAUAUGGUGGAACUGGAGGAUUAUAUGGUGGAACUGGAGGGAUGUAUGGUGGAGGUAUGUAUGGCAACAGCAUGUAUAGGGGAGGGUAUGGUGGGCUUUAUGGUGGGUCUUCUGGGAUGUAUGGAGCUGGGUCUUCUGGGAUGUACGGAGGUGGAAUGUACAAUAGUGGUAUGGGAGGCCCAAUGGGUGGUUAUGGAAUGGGCAUGGGUGGUCCUUAUGGAGGUCAAGAUCCAAAUGAUCCAUACGGUGCUCCUCCAUCUGCGCCAGGGUUUUGGGUUUCAGCACUCCAUGUGCUGCAAGGUGUGGUCAGCUUUUUCGGUCGGAUUGCAAUUCUGAUAGACCAAAACACCCAGGCAUUCCAUUUGUUCAUGACCGCUCUACUUCAGCUUUUUGAUCGCUCUGGUCUAUUGUACGGAGAGCUAGCUAGGUUUGUAUUGAGGAUAUUGGGAGUCAGAACAAAACCCAAGAUGGGCCCUCCAGCAGGUCCCAAUGGGAUUCCGUUCCCUGGGCCUGGCGGUCCCCAUGAGAACCGAAAUUACAUUGAGGGAUCGAAGGCCGCUCCUAGUGGUUCCUGGGAUAAUGUUUGGGGAAAUGAUACCAGUAAAUGAUGAGGCAACACAAAUUAUUGUCAUUUGAUUGGCAUGUGAAUCUUUGCUUCCAUUCAGGGAAACAAAAGAAAGAAGGAAAUGUCACCUGACUCCUCAUUUUUAGUGAAAAUCAGUGCGGAUAUGUUCAUAGGAGUCGAGUAAUCUCCGCAACUCAUACCAAAGUCGGUUUGUGGGUUAUUAGAUGGACAAGGAAGAAAAUAAUGUAUGGUAGAGCUUUGUAUCAUGGAUUUGAAAAAGAAAUUAAAGUCUGAAAAAAUUGGUAUGUAUUUGAUUAUAAAUUUACCAGCCUGAUUCUGCGUCUCAUGCGUAUAUACCAGAUUACUGCAAUAAAUAUUUAUUUACUCA